AUGUCAGUCACUUGGAAACCUUCAGAGAAACGCAAUCCUCUCGCCCACUCUACGUCCGUGUGUGAAUUUAUAGUGCGGAAUUUUCUUCUUCAGCAUAGAUAUCUAGACAGCCAUCAUAGAUAUCUAGCAAUAGUUUCUCCAACCGUCGCCAUGCUCCCAGCACAGGAAGCAGCCAAGAUCUACCACACCAACCACGUGCGUAACGCGCGCGCAGUGGGCGUCCUGUGGACCAUCUUUACAAUCUGCUUCGCCAUCUUGGUGAUGGUGGUGUUCAUACAGGUCAGCUUCCCCUCCCCCAAUUAUAACCUUAACCAUUAGUGGGGUAAAGGCACAACUGAUUAGCCUACAUAUCAGCUGCUAGGUUGCCUGAAGAAAGCCUGUGUUUUAGCUAUCUUACGCAGUGCGCUAAGAUGCUGCAAGUAACCUAAACACAACACAGGCAGCGCAUAUUUCUUCUUGGUGUCCCUCUCCUCCUGCCCUACUGGAUCGGUGACAGCGUCAACACUCCGCAGGAAGGCUACUUCGGCCUGUUCCACUAUUGCAUCGGGAACGCGCUCACUGGCGAACUCAUCUGCAAAGGGAGUGCGCUGGACUUCGGCUCCAUCCCGUCCGGAGCCUUCAAGACAGCCAUGUUCUUCGUUGGUAUCUCCAUGCUGCUGGUGGUGGGGAGCAUCGUUUGCUUCAGCCUCUUCUUCUUCUGCAAUGCAGGGAGUGUGUACAAGAUCUGUGCUUGGAUGCAAUUCGCCUCAUGUGAGUAG